CACGCGCGCGCGCACCAACAACACAGUCCUCUCAACCUUCAGAUCAGUACAUCCCACUAUGCUUUGCGAUGGUCUGACAAGUGGAUCCAAGAUGGCGUAGAAAGUAAAGCUAGACGUUUUGUCCCUGAGUCAUGGCGGACAGGAGAGCGGAGAAGUCAUGUGAAGAAGCCAGCAGAUCGUUAGCCAGGCGGGAGUACGAGGCGGCAGUCAGCCACAGCACGGAUGCCCUGGUGGUCCUUGCGCCGCCGGCCCCACCCUCCGGCGCCCCCGUCCCGCCGAGCUCCCCGUCCCUCGUUGCUGCUGCCGGACCCCUUCGCAGCCGAGCCCUGCUCUAUCGAAUUUCUGCCUUCUUGCAGCUGAAAAACUAUGACGAAGCAGAUGAAGACUGCAAACAUGUCCUUGCGGAGGAGAUUGCCAGAGGUGACGGGUCGCUUAAGGCCAGCUUGCGCUUCAUGCUGUUGGAUGGCAGCCUGCAGGAGGUGGCCAUCAUCCUCUCUAAAGCCCUGUAUGGGGAGCCAAUGAAUGGCAUUGUCGCAAAAGACCUCACCAGAUUAAAAAUGCUUUUCUCAGAGAUUGAGUUGAUAAAAAGGGAGAUGGCGCCUGAAUACACAGAAGAACAGGAGGAAGAGUUCCAAGAUGGCUGGCAAUUCCGGCCUCCCCCCCGAGGCGUCACCAGCAGUGAGGAGUACACCCUCUGUAAAAGGUACUUGGAGCAAGGUCUGUGUCGGUACGGGGCCCAGUGUACGUCGGCCCAUUCUCAGGAGGAGCUGAUGGAGUGGCAGAAGCGAUACGCGUCACGCCUCAUCCGCCUCAAACAGCAGCAGGAGAGCAAACACUUCACCGAGAGCUACAUGGAGACCCUGAUAGAGAAGUGGAUGAACUCCCUCUCCCCAGAGAAAGUGCUAAGUGACUAUUUAGAAGGAGUGAAUGUAGAAACGAGCUCCAGCCUCUCUGUGACCGUCACCACCAAAAAAUCUGCACACUCUUGGACCUUCUCCUUCUUGUGCAGGCCGCCUAGAAAGCUGUUCCGCAUCGCCCUGCUCUAUGAUGCGCACCGACCCCACUUCUUCAUCACAGGUGUGUCAUCCGGGGAGCGGCUGCAAGCUCUCCCCAACGGGUGCCAAGAGUGGACUCCCGGAGAGGAGGUCGCAGCAGACAACGGCCUUGACCACUGUGUGUACAACGUAGCGGUGGGCUUCAGCACGGAAAUAUUUGGGACCUUCCGACAGACCGUUGUUUUUGACUUUGGCUCGGAGCCUGUGCUGAUGAAGCGGAUCAUGGUGGAUGCGGCCUCUAUUGAAGACUUGGAGCACCUGAUGGCAGCCAGGCAGCAGCUCUUGAUCACCGCAAAGCGCUGGGACCCGUCCUGCAAGACCAUCGUGGAAUUCUGUCCAAAUGAAACAAUGGCCGACCUGGAGCGCAGCCUCCUUUCUCGCUAUCAGAUCCCUCUGUCGGCAGAUCAGCUGUUCACUCAGUCAGUCCUGGACAAGACCCUGACCAAAGACAACUACCAGGCCCGGCUACAUGACCUGCUCUACAUAGAAGAGAUUGCUCAAUACAAGGAAGUUAGCAAGUUUAACAUCAAAGUGAAUCUCCAGCUCGUCACCAGCUUCAUGCUGACAGGCAUCUCUGUCGGGGCCAAGUAUGCCCAGAACGGACAGCUCUUUGCACGCUUCAAACUCACUGAAACACUGUCUGAGGACACAUUGGCUGGACGGCUCGUGAUGACCAAGGUGAAUUCAGUCCUAGUGCUGCCAUUUGGCCGUGAUGGGAUCAGCAAUCAUCCGCCUCCUGGGGUCAAGGAGCGUGUUUACGAGGCUGUGAUCGAGGAGAAGACCAAGGACUACAUCUUCCUGAGGAUCUGCAAGAACUGCUGUGAUGAGCUCGGGCUGCUGCCCGACAGGGAACUACAGGUGGAGCUCCAGUUCCAGCUGAACAGACUGCCGCUCUGUGAGAUGCAUUACGCUCUGGAUCGCAUCAAAGAUAAUGGAAUCCUUUUCCCUGACAUUGGACUGGUCCCCACCAUCCCCUGGAGCCCCAACAGGCAGUGGGACGAGCAGCUGGAUCCCCGUCUGAAUGCCAAGCAGAAAGAGGCCAUCCUGGCCAUCACCACACCCGUCUCUAUCCCCCUGCCCCCGAUCCUCAUCAUCGGGCCCUACGGCACCGGCAAGACCUUCACGCUGGCGCAGGCUGUCAAGCACAUCCUGCGCCAGGACACCAGCAGGGUGCUGAUCUGCACACACUCCAACAGUGCGGCCGACCUUUACAUUAAGGACUACCUUCAUCCUUACGUCGAAGCAGGCAACGCGCAUGCCAGACCUCUCAGGGUGUACUUCAGGAAUCGCUGGGUGAAGACGGUUCACCCGGUGGUCCAACAGUACUGUCUCAUCUCCAACACACACGUCAAUUUCAAGAUGCCCACAAGGGAGGACAUCCUCAGGCACCGCGUGGUGGUGGUCACACUCAGCACCUCCCAAUACCUCUGCCAGCUCGACUUAGAGCCCGGGCUGUUCUCUCAUAUCCUUUUGGAUGAAGCGGCCCAGGCCAUGGAGUGUGAAACCAUCAUGCCUUUUGCUCUAGCCAGCAAGCACACCCGCAUCGUGCUGGCCGGAGACCAUAUGCAGCUCAGUCCGUUUGUGUACAGCGAAUUUGCGCGUGAGCGUAACCUGCACGUGUCACUGCUGGACCGGCUGUAUGAGCACUACCCCCCCGAGUACCCUUGUCGCAUCCUCCUGUGCGAGAACUACCGCUCUCACGAAGCCAUCAUCAGUUACACGUCUGAAUUAUUUUAUGAUGGGAAGUUAAUGGCAAGUGGGAAGCAGCCCUCCCACAAGGACUUCUACCCUCUGACCUUCUUCACAGCCAGAGGAGAAGAUGUCCAGGAGAAGAACAGCACUGCCUAUUACAACAAUGCAGAGGUAUUCGAAAUUGUUGAGCGGGUGGAAGAGUUGCGCAAGAAGUGGCCGGUGUCCUGGGGUAAACUGGACGACAGCAGUAUUGGAGUAGUGUCACCGUACGCCGACCAGGUGUUCCGCAUUCGCGCUGAGCUCCGAAAGAAGAGAAUGCACGAGAUCAGCGUGGAAAGAGUCCUGAAUGUCCAAGGCAAACAGUUCCGGGUGCUGUUCCUCAGCACGGUGCGGACGCGGCACACCUGCAAACACAAGCAGACGGCCAUCAAACGUAAAGAGCAGCUCGUUGAGGACUCGACAGAGGACCUCGACUAUGGAUUCCUCUCCAACUACAAGCUGCUCAACACGGCCAUCACCAGAGCCCAGUCCCUGGUUGCAGUUGUGGGAGACCCCAUUGCACUCUGCUCUGUUGGGCGCUGCAGAAAAUUCUGGGAGCACUUUAUCUCCAUCUGCCACGAAAACUCAAGUCUCCAUGGCAUCACCUUUGAGCAGAUCAAGUCUCAGCUGGAGGCCCUGGAGCUCAAGAAGACCUACGUCCUCAACCCAUUGGCCCCGGAGUUCAUCCCCCGUGCCCUCAGGCCGCAGCAAGGCCACCACUCUUCAUCGCAGGCCCUCCACCCCCACCAUCAUCCACAUCCUCAGCAUGCUCAGGCCGCCUCUAACAAGCAGGGUCCGCAACAACAACAACAACAACAACAACAGCAGCAGCAACAACAGCAGCAGCAGCAGCAACAACAACAGCAGCAGCAGCAGCAACAACAACAACAACAGCAGUCCCCCCCUAAGGGUAAACAUGCAAACCACACAGAGCAUCUUCCGCCUGAAGGAUAUGCGCAAGCCAACCCAGCUGUGUUGAUGGGAAACCCUAUUAGGGCAUUCACGCCACCCUUGGGUGGCCCACCAGCUGCCAUGGGCAAGUCACCCAGUCCUGUUCAGAGGAUCGAUCCUCAUACGGGCGCCAGCAUCCUCUACGUCCCCGCUGUGUACGGUGGCAACAUGGUCAUGUCUAUGCCCCUGACUUUGCCUUGGCCAGGUUACCAGAAUCGAUUCCCCGUAGACCCUCGGAUCAUGAGCCACCCGGCAGCCAUGGCCUACAACUUCAAUCUGUUGCAGGCCCAAAAUCGAGGCUCCCCCAUCCCAUACAGUGGGGUGGCCCACCCCACUCAUCUAGGAAUAGGCCAGCCCAGCCCCGACAAGGAGCUGCAGGCAGACCCCAUCAGAAAUGACUUUUUAGGCAAAUUAGAAGGAUGUCCAAAGUCCGAACAGAGCCGUCUUCAGACACCAGAGAGGAAAAGCACCGACAUGAAGGAAAAGCAGGGAGAUUUAGACUCGGGCCAGAGCCGAAGUCUAGAUCCUCAGCCAGACGGGCUCGUUGGAUUUCCCAAUUCGCUGCUCCAUCGAAAAGAUCCCACCGCUGCUCAAAGACCCCUCAACUAUCACCUGGCACCACCCAACCAAGCUUUCCCUCCACACCCUGCCAGUGGAAGGGCCUUCCCCCCACAGUACCCGGUCUCUAGGCUUCCUUAUCGGGUUGGCCAGCCUCAGCACCCAGGGAUGGCCCCGCCGAGUCAGCAGCAGCAACAGCUCAGCCCCGCCUACACCGGAGGCACCCACAACGCUUCCUUCUUCAUCGGCCCCAUACCUUCUCACAGGGCUGUCCAAUCGCCCACAUUGGAUGGGCCCGCGCCUGGAGGGGUGGAAGACAUGAGUAGCUCCAUUCGGACUCCAAUGGGCCACCCGGGGAGUCAUCACCCGGGGCUGUCACAGCAUAACCGCGUCAACAGCUUUGGGGAGGACGGACAGGAUGUCGGCCUUGGAGAUAGUUUGGAAAAUAAAUGCCGCCAACUGACUGCAACUAAUCACACUGUUCCCCUUUUAGACCUGCAGGGCCCCCUGGCUUUAGAGGCCCUGAGCCAGCAGCAGCAGGCAGCCAGACUGGGCCAGUGGGGGGAGGCGGCGGGCCCUUUUCUCCAGGGUAGCGUCCCCUUCCCUCUUCCCCAGCAGCUUGCCCACCUUGCUCAGCCUGGCAUGGCUCGCUUCCCCCCUCAGCUACUCCAGACAGCCAAUUGGGGCCUGAGUGCGAAUAUUGAGGAUGAAGCUGUCUCUUCUGCUUCCACAGGACCACCUUUCACCAGGUACCCGGGCCUUUUGAGAGAGCUUCCCCCACAGGAACAACCUGAACCCAGGGAUGCAAUCGAGAUGCAGCCCCCACCUCAAUCCCGUCUCCUUCAGUACCGUCAGUCCCAGUCCCGUGCCUCAGGUGACCCUUCAUCCACUUUAGCUGCCACCCCUAAUCACGCUAGUCCUUUCCCAUCAGGACCCUAUUCACAUGACGCAGGCCGCGAUCUCCUUAGCGACAACCCUCUCAACAACCCAGCUCUGCAGCAGCAGCAUCCGGGAAACCCCCUGUAUAAUACUGGUAGCUACCCACAUCAGCAACCAACCCACUCUGCCGGCAACCCUUCAUCCCAGGUCAAAUACCUGCUGCAGGAGGCCCAGUGGCCUCAUGGUGGAGCUGCGUCAGUAAGCCCACCGCAGCAGAACCACCUGUUGGGGAACCAGGCCCACGGCCUUCCUUAUGGACUGCCCAUCAUGGCUCAUCCCAGCAGGCAGGAGCAGGUCCACCUGAUGCAACUUCACCAGCAGCAGCAGCAGCAGCAGCAGCAGCAGCAGCAGCAACAACAACAACAACAACACCAUCAUCAACAACAGCACCAUCACCACCACCACCACCACCAACAACACCACCACCACCACCAACCACAACAACAACAACCACCACUGCAACAGCAACCACAACAACAAAGUCAAGUUCCAGAUCAGGAAAGCUACCACCCACUUUCCCCCAGAACAUCAGCAGCCACAGCCCUUCACAAUGUAGAUGAGUAUGAACCCCGAGGUCCAGGCCGGCCUCUCUAUCAGCGUCGCAUCUCUUCUAGCUACCCAGAGGAAUCGUCUCCAGCCAACGCCCACAACGCCCUGUCCCAACAGCAACAGCCCUGUACGUCAGACAUCCAGGACCAUGCCCAUCAGCACAUACAGCAUCAUCAGCACCCGCAUGCCCCCUACGGUUACCCCUCACAUGACCUCUGGCCCAGCAACGGUGGGGGUCCCGGCUCGUUCCAGAACAUUCCAUGUAAUGGAGCCGGUACACUCAGUCAGCACCGGGACCUUUUGGCUUCCAAGGCCCUACGUCAGUCGGAGGAACAGGUGAAGGCUGAGGUCACAGCAGCACAGCAGACGCACCCACACCCUCUCAACUCACUUCAGCAUCUUGGACAGUUUCCCCCUCUCAUGCCCAAAAACAAGCAGCAGCAACAACAGCAACAGCAACAGCAGCAGCAACAACAACAACAACAACAGCAACAACAACAGCAGCAGCAGCAGCAACAACAACAACUGCAGCUGCAACAACAACAACAGCAGCCACCACCUCCCCCGCCGCCACCCCCACCACCCCCGCCGCAGGCUCCCACGGAGGCUAGCCAGGGGGCUCCAAAUUUAAGCAAGCCACCGACCAUGUCCUAUGCCAGCGCCCUCCGUGCUCCACCCAAACCCCGAGCUGUUCGCCCUGAACAGGUCAAAAAGAACAGCGACCCUCUCUCCCUCUUACAAGAGCUGAGUAUAGGAAGCUCAAAUGGUAGCAAUGGGUACUAUUCCUACUUUAAAUGAGUGUAACCCCUCCCACAUAUUAAGCAAGUAAUGACAUAAAACUAAACAAAAACAAAAAAAAGGUAAAACUUAAACUCAAAAAAAUAUAGUGCAAAGUGCAUUUACAAAUUGUUUCUAUAGUAGGUUUUUUCUGCAUUUUGUUUCAUUUUAACUUUUUAUUUGUAACAGUCAUCUCUUCUCCUGUUUCACAUAUCUGUGACGAAAAUAAGUAUAUAUAAUAAAUGCAUUACCGGUAUAUAUACAUAAAAAUUAUGUAUAUAUGAAUAUAUACUAUAUAAUCUACACUUGUAUAUGUACGUAAUGCUAAAACAAAAGUUAUAAAAAAAAUAAAAGAAUGAAACAAAUAAAAAAAAAGUUUGGUUGACCACUAAGCUACCUGCAUAUUUUUCCUAAUUGAAGUUAGUUUUGUUGGUUACUAAAUAAGUAUGUUGACGUUUUUAUCAUUUUGUAUUCCUCCAUUAUGAGUGGACGUUACGUCUUUUUACAUACUACUGUAGUUGUGAUAACGAACAAAAGCUAAGUGGUCAACCGACACAAACUACAUGGAAAAGUGUAUAGAAGUAGAUCAAAUUUCCUCUAAUCUGUAAAUAUAAAGAAAAUAAAAGACUGAAUUGUAUGCCACAGACAUGUCCUUAAAUUCCUGUAUCAUGCUAGCUUUUGCAUUAUGAAUUAUUUUGUUUGUUGGCGUCUGAUCCUUAAUUCUUAGACAUCCUUGGAAUAGCUGGGAAUUCUUUUCAGUGAUUUAGUAGUAAAUGUGAUUAUUUACUUUUUAACUAAAUACAAUAGAAAUAUUGGUGGCGUAUUUUACUUUUUACCAAUUUCUCAUCGGCAACAAAAACGAGUGUGAAAAUGUCAGAUUUGCAGCAACCCGGUCAUUCCUCUUUUGCUGGUUUUAAGGAUCAGAGAACACCAGACAUCACUGUCUAUGAUUAGAACGGCUUCGCUUGUGGCCGAUGCGCAGACAUUUUAUUUUGUUGUAUCUUUUUUUUCCUUUUUUGUCUUUGUGUCAGCAAAAAUCUUCAACGCAGAAUUGUUUUCAAUGACUGUUGAAGGAUGUUUGUCACUAAUUGCUGUUGAGCUUUUGUUUUUUUAAAAAGGUUGCCGUACUCUGAAGGUUUGUGAAAGUGAAGCGAGGGCGGUGAGGUCAGUGGUGUGUCAUGAUGGGUGAGUUGAAACUGAGGGUGAGAUCAACACUGCCUGUCAGUCAUUUUUGAACAAGCUAAUUGUAAGCAUUCUUUUGGUUAAAUCUGAAGUAUGUUGAAACUGUAGAUUCACAGUAAAUACACAUCGUUAAUAAACUAGUGUUUGUGGCCUUUU